CCCCUUUGGCUCCAGCUUUUCUUCCCCCCCUGCCCCUGGUCAUCAGACCAACACGAGGCGAAUGCCAAUUCCACACGCCCUCCAUCUUCCUCCCCGCAGCUGAGCUCCGUCCAAGAACGCGGGUCGCACUACAUCAUCGCCGAGAGAGAGGGAGACAUACAAGGAUCUCUCUCUCUAUCUCUCUGAUCUAUCUACCGUGAUUAAGCGUAGAAGGCUGCUGCAUUCGUUGUCUGAUGAUGGCCAGCACGACGUCGUCAGCGGCCGUGGCGGGAGCACUAUUCUCCGCUUCCAAGCCGCGGGGUUCCGCCGCGUGCCCGAGGGUCCCCGCCGGCCGGCGGCGGGCGUCCUGCGUGGUACGGUGCGACGCCGGCGUGGAGGUCCAGGCGCAGGCGGCGGCCAAGGCGGCUAGCAUCGCCGCGCUCGAGCAGUUCAAGAUCUCCGCCGACCGCUACAUGAAAGAAAGGAGUAGCAUAGCUGUAAUUGGCCUCAGCAUACACACAGCACCGGUGGAGAUGCGUGAAAAACUCGCGGUCGCAGAAGAACUAUGGCCCCGUGCUGUUUCAGAACUCACCAAUCUUAAUCACAUUGAAGAGGCUGCUGUUCUUAGUACCUGCAACAGGAUGGAAAUUUAUGUGGUGGCUUUAUCCUGGAACCGGGGUAUGAGAGAAGUGGUGGAUUGGAUGUCAAUGAAAAGUGGGAUCCCAGCUUCUGAGCUCAGGGAGCACCUCUUCAUGUUGCGUGACAGUGAUGCUACCCGACAUCUGUUUGAGGUGUCUGCUGGGCUUGACUCUUUAGUUCUUGGAGAAGGACAAAUACUCGCUCAAGUUAAGCAAGUUGUCAGAAGUGGGCAAAACAGUGGAGGCUUGGGAAAGAACAUCGAUAGGAUGUUCAAGGAUGCGAUCACAGCUGGAAAGCGUGUCCGCUCUGAAACAAACAUAUCAUCUGGUGCUGUGUCUGUCAGUUCAGCCGCGGUUGAAUUGGCCCUGAUGAAGCUUCCGAGGUCUGACUGCUUGUCAGCUAGGAUGCUUUUGAUCGGUGCUGGCAAAAUGGGGAAAUUGGUGAUCAAACAUCUGAUGGCCAAAGGAUGCAAGAAGGUUGUUGUGGUGAACCGCUCUAUUGAAAGGGUAGAUGCCAUCCGGGAAGAGAUGAAUGACAUCGAGAUUGUGUAUAGGCCUCUCACAGAGAUGUAUGAAGCUGCAGCCGAUGCUGAUGUUGUGUUCACAAGCACCUCAUCUGAAUCCCCAUUGUUCAUGAAGGAACACGCGCAAGUACUUCCUCCUAUUUCUGAUGCGGCUGGUGGUGUUCGACUUUUUGUCGACAUAUCUGUCCCCCGGAACGUCAGUGCCUGUGUGUCUGAUGUUGGCCAUGCACGAGUAUACAAUGUUGAUGACUUGAAAGAGGUGGUGGAAGAAAACAAGCAAGACCGACUCAGGAAAGCAAUGGAGGCCCAGACAAUAAUUUCCGAAGAACUAAAACGGUUCGAGGCAUGGAGGGACUCCCUAGAGACCGUUCCAACCAUCAAGUCGCUGAGGUCGUAUGCCGACAGGAUCAGGGCUUCAGAGCUUGACAAGUGCCUGCAGAAGAUCGGAGAAGAUGCCCUGACCAAGAAAAUGAAAAGAUCCAUUGAGCAGCUCAGUACCGGCAUAGUGAACAAGCUUCUUCAUGGCCCAUUGCAACACCUCAGAUGCGAUGGCACCGACAGCCACACCCUCGGUGAAACACUCGAGAACAUGCGCGCCCUCAACAGGAUGUUUAGCCUCGACACCGAGAAGGCAAUCAUGGAGCAGAAGAUCAAGGCCAAGGUGGAGAAGACCCAAAACUGAGAUCACUGGCGAUUUUCUGCCUCUACAUCUACCUAUAUCCCCAAUCUUUCCUGACACUCUAAUUCCAAUUUUGUUUAACUAAUUCUUACUUGGCGCUCCUUGCCGAAUUCUUCAAUUCAUCAAUUGUCUAGUGAAUUAGCACCAUUGCAGCCAGCAAAUAUGUUUGAGAUAGCAUCCCUGUAAAACAAAAUGUUGAGAUGGCAAAAUUUCUGCUCCACAACAACUUUUCUUCAUUAUGUUGUCGGAGAACCCAUUUCUGAAGUUCGACUGUAUACAAUAUUGGACAAAAUAUAAAGGAAUAUAUCAGUAUGCUAAAUGA